GUCACCGAAAGCGGCAGAUACGGAAGUCGGCGCGCGCUUCUCGCUUGUAUGCAGCAAACCGAAACAGGCUGCUGAGUAGGUCGGCUUUAAAAAUUAUCACAUUGCACACAGGGGGAAGAGAAAAAGAAAAAGCUGAUGUUUACUGGAACAUCUCAAUGGAUGUGAAACGGGAGAGCUGUGAUGUGGACAGAAAUAUCAUGGAUAUUAAGGAGGAAGGCUGUGAGUUGGAGUCCAUCUACUUUAAACAGGAAAGUCUGAGCAUUAAGGAGGAGAGCAGUGAACUGCAGGCAGUGAGCAUUAAAGAAGAAGCUGAAGAGAAGUUUCUCAGUAUUGAGACGCUUAACCAUACAAAUCUGGACAGUGUAAAAGAAGACACCCUUCAUGAUGGGUGUCAAGAUGGAGUGGUGACCAGGUUAGACUUUUCUAAAGGCAGUCACUGUUCAUCUCCAGAGCCUUCUGUCAAUGUGAAGAAUGACUCAUUACAGUCUAAACCAAAGAGUACUGAGAAAACUUCAUCUGUUAGAGUUCAGGAAAAUCGGCCACCAUCUACAAAGAAGUCUGGAAGAAGAAAUAAAGAUCAGUGCAGUUUGGAAUCUGGAAAAGAAUUCUCUGGCAGGAGUGCUCUUCAGAUCCCCACUAGAGUUCACACGGGAGAGAAGCCAUAUUGCUGUACUGAAUGUGGUAAACAGUUUUCACGUAUAAGCAGUCUAAAGAACCACUCUAGAGUUCACACGGGAGAGAAGCCGUAUUGCUGUAAUGAAUGUGGUAAACAGUUUUCACGUAUAAGCAGUCUGAAGGACCACACUAGAGUUCAUACGGGAGAGAAGCCAUUUUGCUGUAAUGAAUGUGGUAAACAGUUUUCACGUAUAAGCAGUCUGAAGGAUCACACUAGACUUCACAUGGGAGAGAAGCCGUAUUGCUGUAAUGAAUGUGAUAAACAGUUUUCACAAAUGAGCCAUCUUCAGAAACAUACUAGAGUUCACAACAGAAUAAAAAGGGUAGUAGCUCAAAAAUCAGUCCAGAAAAACAAGCAACCUUCAGAACUCGAGUGUGAGGUUUACUCCUGUCUUGAAAAGUAAGCAAACUAAACUAUUGUUGACAAAUUAAUCUCUGAGAGAAGCCAUAUUGCUGAUUGGAAUGUGGCGAUCAAAUCUGUCAGAGGAGUUCUCUUCAGCGACGAACUGGAAUUCACACCGGAGAGAAGUACAACUGAAUUGUCCUGACUAAAGAGUGAGGUUCACUCCUGCCUGGACCGUAAGCACAUGUAACUGAUUGGAAUCCAUCCUACUUAGUGUUGUGUCAGAAACAAGUCAACAUAGGAUAUAAACAUCUGAUUCUCCUCUUUUUCCUUUUCCAGAAACAAAUUAAGAACAGGGCAUCAUACAAACCGCUUCUCACCAAAGCCGUACAGCCUCCACCAUGCACCUAGCUCUGUUUUCAUAACAUAUGUAUUGUAUAUAGAACUAUUUACGAUAUACACAGUUCAUCAGAAAACAACUCUUUACAAUAUACAUAAGCUCACAUAAUAAAUCAUAGUUCAGUUAUAUAAAAAUAGAAAAAUAUAUAUUAUAUAAUACAAUAAAGUAACCUACAUUUCCAAAAAAAAAAAAAUGUAAAUUAAAAAUGAAAAUCCAAAGCACCCAUAUAAUCAUGUUGUACAGCAUGCUGAAUUAUAUUAAAACGCGGUGGCAGUGCACUUAAAGAAGAAAUGCUGUUUUUUAAAGUUUGUUUUGUUUUUGUUUGUUUGCUUUUGAUAAUAAAACAUACAAAGACUGUAUAUAAGAACUUGGGGGGCAUGGGGGGCACAUUUGUUGUUUAACAGAAUUUCCAAAUAUUCAUGUCAAAAAAUAGAAUAAAAUUAGAAAACGCUUGGAGAUAGCAGACUUACCUGUACAGCAUCCACCAUCGCCUGAGGGUGCAUUAAGUCUGUGGGGAGUCACAUUGAUUAGCAUUUGUACUACAAAAUACCAUUGGUAUGAAACUAAGUACACACAAACAAUUGCUUUUCGGGAAAUUCAUAACUGAAAGCUACAAACAAACAAGAUGUUUUCCAAAGCCUGAGAACUCUCCCCUG